CGAGUGUGCAAGGGCGGGAGGGAGGAGAGAGAGCCCGCGGCGGCCGGGAUCGCGCCGACUCGGGCCCAGCGGCGGGCGGACAGCAUGCUGAGCUUCCUCAUCUGGAUCCUCACUCUCUCCGACACUUUCUCGCAAGCAGGGCUGUAGGAAUGCCUCUGGAGAGCAAUAGCACAUGUCUGAUGAGCUGCCAAUCAAGCCUGCUCCCUGAGAAGCCCAGGUUUCUGAAUCAGAAGAUGUGGGCUCCACACUUAGCCAUUGCUUAUCUUAUCUCUGUGACUUUGGCUUUCGCCUUGCCUGGGACCCAGACUCGCUUCAGCCAGGAGCCAGCUGAUCAGACCGUGGUGGCCGGACAGCGGGCCGUGCUGCCGUGUGUGCUCCUCAACUACUCUGGGAUUGUACAGUGGACCAAGGACGGCCUGGCUCUGGGCAUGGGCCAGGGCCUCAAAGCCUGGCCACGGUACCGGGUCGUGGGCUCUGCGGAUGCUGGGCAAUACAACUUGGAGAUCACAGACGCCGAGCUCUCUGACGACGCUUCCUAUGAGUGCCAGGCCACAGAGGCUGCCCUGCGCUCCCGGAGGGCCAAGCUCACCGUGCUCAUUCCUCCAGAGGACACAAAGAUUGAUGGUGGCCCUGUGAUUCUGCUGCAAGCAGGCACCCCCCACAACCUCACGUGCAGAGCCUUUAACGCCAAGCCUGCUGCCACCAUCAUUUGGUUCCGGGAUGGGACACAGCAGGAGGGGGCUGUGGCUAGCACGGAACUGCUGAAGGAUGGUAAACGGGAGACUACGAUCAGCCAGCUGCUCAUUCACCCCACAGACCUAGACAUCGGGCGUGUGUUCACCUGCCGCAGCAUGAACGAGGCCAUACCCAAUGGCAAGGAGACAUCCAUCGAGCUCGAUGUACACCAUCCUCCUACAGUGACUCUGUCCAUUGAGCCCCAGACGGUGCAGGAGGGCGAGCGAGUCAUCUUUACGUGCCAGGCCACCGCCAACCCUGAGAUCCUGGGCUACAGGUGGGCCAAAGGCGGGUUCCUCAUUGAAGAUGCCCACGAGAGUCGCUAUGAGACAAAUGUUGAUUACUCCUUCUUCACGGAGCCUGUGUCUUGUGAGGUCCACAACAAAGUGGGGAGCACUAACGUCAGCACGUUAGUGAAUGUUCACUUUGCGCCCCGGAUUGUAGUUGACCCAAAGCCCACCACCACAGACAUUGGCUCUGAUGUGACCCUCACCUGUGUCUGGGUUGGGAAUCCCCCCCUCACCCUCACCUGGACCAAGAAGGACUCAAACAUGGGGCCCAGGCGUCCUGGCUCCCCACCCGAGGCUAAUCUCUCUGCCCAGGUCCUGAGUAACAGCAAUCAGCUGUUGCUGAAGUCAGUGACCCAGGCAGAUGCUGGCACCUACACCUGUCGGGCCAUCGUGCCCCGAAUCGGAGUGGCUGAGCGAGAGGUACCGCUUUAUGUAAACGGACCCCCUAUCAUCUCAAGCGAGGCAGUGCAGUUCGCUGUGAGAGGUGACGGUGGCAAGGUGGAGUGCUUCAUCGGGAGCACCCCACCCCCAGAUCGGAUUGCAUGGGCAUGGAAGGAGAACUUCCUAGAGGUGGGGACCCUUGAGCGAUACACCGUGGAGAGGACUAACUCAGGGAGCGGCGUGCUGUCCACGCUCACCAUCAACAACGUCAUGGAGGCUGACUUUCAGACCCACUACAACUGCACUGCCUGGAACAGCUUCGGGCCAGGCACUGCCAUCAUCCAGCUGGAGGAACGAGAAGUGCUACCUGUGGGUAUCAUUGCUGGGGCCACCAUUGGCGCAGGCAUCCUGGUCAUCUUCUUCUUUGUUGCCUUAGUGUUCUUCCUCUACCGACGCCGCAAAGGCAGUCGAAAGGAUGUGACCCUGAGGAAGUUGGACAUCAAGGUAGAGACGGUGAAUCGGGAGCCACUCACCAUGCAUUCUGACCGGGAGGAUGAUACCGCCAGCAUAUCCACCGCAACUCGGGUCAUGAAGGCCAUCUACUCGUCCUUUAAGGACGACGUGGAUCUGAAGCAGGACCUGCGCUGUGACACCAUCGACACGCGGGAAGAGUAUGAGAUGAAGGAUCCCACCAACGGCUAUUACAACGUGCGUGCCCAUGAAGAUCGCCCCUCCUCCAGGGCAGUGCUGUAUGCCGACUACCGCGCCCCUGGCCCUACACGUUUUGACGGCCGCCCAUCAUCCCGCCUCUCUCACUCCAGUGGCUACGCCCAGCUCAAUACUUACAGCCGGGCCCCUGCCUCUGACUAUGGCACAGAGCCCCCACCCUCUGGCCCUUCUGCUCCUGGUGGCACCGAUACAACCAGCCAGCUGUCCUACGAGAACUAUGAGAAGUUCAACUCCCACCCCUUCCCUGGGGCAGCUGGGUAUCCUACAUACCGGCUAGGCUACCCCCAGGCCCCGCCCUCUGGCCUGGAGAGGACCCCCUAUGAGGCCUAUGACCCUAUCGGCAAGUAUGCCACGGCCACGCGAUUCUCCUACACCUCUCAGCACUCAGACUACGGCCAGCGGUUUCAGCAGCGCAUGCAGACUCACGUGUAGAGGCUGGAGUCUGGCUGGGGUAUCUCUGCGGGGCAGAGGAGAAGGCUUCCCAGCUCUUCCCUGACAUUCAGGGACAUUGCUCAUUGCUCCUUUCUUGGACCCAGCCUUCCUCCUCCUGCCAUCACAAACAAGGAGCAGGUCUCCCAGGAACACCCCAUCCCAAGGAUGGUGCUCUGGGCGUGCCCCAGUCCCCUAGACCUGCUGAGCUCUUCUCCAGGAGGAUGUCUCUACUGGCCUUUGUUCAUUCCUGACCAGGCUUGGGCACAGGGAACUGGAGGUGGUGGGGAGGGGAGGAGGGGGAAGGAGAGGAGAGACGAGCACACUUUAUCAUUUCCUUUCUGUCCUGCUCCUCUGAUCUCCCACACGUGGCCAUGGAGGUGUGCUGAGGUGGGCAGCUUUGGCCUAGGUGGCUCUAGUCCAGGCAGCUGGGAUGCGGGGCAGCCUACCAGUCCCUCUCUUGAUUUCUCUCAUACUUAAGUUAAUUUUCCCCAUCUCAGGAGAUUACAGAUGGGACAGGGAGUUCAAAUCCAAUCCUUGGUCAGUUGGGGUCAAAAUGCCAGUCACAGCAGCUGCUGUCUGUGGCUGUCUUAGUGAGGAGGGCUCCAGAAAUCACCCGUAGCACCGUUCCCUUUCCACUCUGCUUCGUGCUGGACCAGCCAGAUGUGUCCUGGUGGGCGGGCAAGGGACCACGGUGUGCUGCCUGGCAGUCCCUGAUCCAACCGUAGUCAGAACCACGCCAGCCUUCUUCUUUCAUGUUAUCUGCUCCUUCUCGGUAUUUACUCGUGAGCCUUGGAGAAUAGGGUAGGGCAGAGGUGUCAUGGAGCUAUUUUUUUUCAAAGGCAAUAAAAACCUCAUUCGGAAAGAAAAGCUGUAGAGGUUUCCCCACCAUAUGCCAGUCCCUGUGGAAAGGAAAGGGGUACCUGUCCUCCACCAGGCUCCUAACGCCUUGCAUUAUUCUAAGUCUCCAAGCGCUCUGAAUCUAUUGUGUACGUACGUCCCAAUGGCGAGACCUGCCUGCUGCUGGGUCCUGAUAGAGUUAAGCAGUCCUGAACCCCAGACGCUACUGUCCUACACUGGGACUCAACCUAGUUAGAACUCACCUUGCAGGUGGCACGGUAAAUACUUUAUCCAGGCACAUUUUGGGUUUGUCUCCUCCUUACCCCACCCCCAGGCCAAUCAGACUUCUUCCAUUUUCAGUGCCUUGAGUGUCAGGUUCGUGAUGCUGUCCCUGUGCGGGGAGCAGCGAUUUGUGAGCUUUAGAUUGUCCUGUGUUAGCAUCUAGGAAGAGACCAAUGAGAGGGUGUGAAGGGAAGGGGGCCUGGAAAUGGCCCUACAGGAAACUUCUUACUGAUCUAGCUGGAGCCCCCAGUGCAGAACACUGCAGGCAUCGUAGUCUACAACCCAUGCUGUCUCUUCCCAUGUAGCGUACACACGACCACACACACACACACACUCUCUCUCUCUCUCACAUUCCAUGCCACUUCUCAUCUGCCACCGUCUGACCAAAGAUUCUGUAACUCCUGAUUCAGGCUCACUUUUCCAAGAAACCGCUGCCCAUCUGGAGUCUACUGCCAUUCUAGAGCCUACUGUCCGCCUUCCCACUGAGGCCUGCAUGACGGGAGGCAGUGUUCCCAGAGUAUUCCUUGCCCUUUCUCAUUGGUCACCAUUCAUUAAUCAUGUCCAUGAGUUCAUCAGCCACAGUCGUCACUAACCUUAUAUGGGCCUGUGGGGUGAUACUGUCAGCUCUCUCCUUUCUGAUAAGGACCGGGUAAUACUCAGAGAUCAAGGAGGUCCAUUCCCAGCCUGCCACACAGUUUUCCCUUCUACUCCAAUCAGCGCGUCUGCACAGAGUGGGCCUCCCCGCAGCACUGACAGGCUCGUAGCUAUAGUCCAGUUCAGAGGACUCCCGGAGUCCUUUCCUGAGAACUCAGUGAGGCAGACAGUGUGUUUACAGUGUAGGUUCUUGUGAAUAUGAAUUCAUGCAAGUUUUUAAUUUUCAUUCACACCUCAAGCCGUGGAUGAUCCAAACACUUUAAAAUCUAAAUAGAGUGGCAUUUCAAACAGCAAUACUCCCUAAAAUAAUCAUCUUGUUUGGGGUUUGGCUUGCUUCUCUUAUUUCUCCCUGAUUUAAGCAGUAGAUCCCUCCCAUGGAAACAAGAACAUCGCUAAGGUCAAGCCCUGCCGGAAAUUUGUGGGUAUCAAGCACCAUACACAGCACAGGAAACACCACUGAGACAGACUCGUUUCCUACCACCCAGAUUCUACAGUCAGAAUCCGAGUUGGGCCCUGCAGAAUAACCAGCGGGAUUGCGUGUCUGGGGAGUUGAAGGCCCCUUAAUCACAGGGCUCUUCCAUCUGAAGCUAGUUGAUAGCAGCAUGCCGGUACCCUAUUACUUGGUGAUCCUUAGUUGAAAGAAUAAGGAACCAGGAAUCAAGAGGUCCAUGACCCCGUUCUGCAGCUGCCAUUUGCUGAGUAACCAUGAUCUGACUUCUGUUUUCAUUGCCUCUGAUUUUCUGGUCUUUACCUACAACUGUUCUGUGUUGGCUGUGUUCAUCUGGGGAGGCAGAAUUUGGGAUUGCCCAUCCAUCAAAAACUCAGGGACAGUAAGCAAUCAAGGUGAGGGUCGGGGCAGGGGAGACGCCCUGCCUGUACCACCAACUUCCUGAGCUUGCCUAUCGCCCCUAACCCUGAGUGAAAUGGAGCAAUCUGUGUUGUUCUCCUCUUAGGUUCAACAGGUUGCUGUGAUCAUGGUAGGGCCCAGUUUCCUUUAGUGUGGCUGCAGACUGCCCCGUGUGGACUCGGUAAGAUGGGGAAGCUGCCCUCCGCUGGGUCUUCAGGAGCAGUUAACCCCUCCCUGUAGGUUGAAAGGGAAGCUGGUAGAGGAAGAAGCGGCUAGUGGCUUUAACAUAAACUCUGCAUAUGGCCCUUGUGGCUCUGGGUGAACCUUACUCUGUGGAGAGCCCAGCCUGCUUGCCGAGUCCUGGUCCCCCAAAGACUAACCACAGAAUGUGCACGAAACAAAACCUAUUGAGAGAAAGGAAAGUAGCCAGGAAUGGAAGCAGAUGUUGGCAUCGGAAUGAGAACGAUGAGCUCCACUCACAUGAGUCUGGGUGACACGCUUUCCUCAUGCUGACAGCUGCGCUCCUUGCUGUGUGGACAGGAACGUCCCCUGCCCUGUGGGAUGGAGCACACUGACCCCUGUCUUGCCCCCUUGCGUUCUGUUGACCUGUGGGUGUUCUGUCAGGAGCCAUGGCUCCUGGGCUCCUUAAGAUGGAAUUGGGUGGCCCUGUGUACUUGGCCCACUACAUAGCAAUGUUAGGCAAUUGGGAUUUAUAGAGACUCAUGUUAAAGCCAAAGACCCUGUUUGGACAUGUGGAGUCUCAGUCACUGCCUCAGCCUGCUCUGUGAGUAGUUCUGUCCCUAAGGGUGAAUAACAUGACCUCCCAAAGCCACCACAGGCUCAAAAAACCUGGCUUCCCUGCUAUUUCAUUUCUGUGUACUCUGAGCCCAGGCUUGCUGUGUGCCUACAGAACCGGUGAAUGAUAACAGAACAUGAGGUACACGGACCUCAAGACUCCAUUGGUGAGGCAUUGACUGUUGUGAAGACUGUAAAACUGUCACCCAAACCCAACAUUCCUUUCUCCCCAGUCCUCCCCACCUCCCGGGCUAUUUUUCCUUCUCCUGAAGGCGGUGUUUUCUGGCCAAUGCUGACUAACCUUUGGCAGCUUGCCUGUGACACCACCCUUUGGCCAGUGGAGAGGCCUGAGGCAUGUGGCAUGGCAGAAUAGGGAUUUGAGAGGAGGGUACAGCAUUGAGACUUCCUGCAUCACUGUGAGGGAACCCCAGGGCCCUUUCCCAGAGGAAAAGAAUUGUUGCACAGAAGACAGAGGCCAUACCAGGAACUUCUGGUGCAAGCCUACCCUUACGAUAGUAAUAAUUUUGUGUGCACAGAACAUCUUACCCGUCUUAGUACCCAUCCUAGCAGAUGCUACCCCCCAAUCACUGGCCUUUGCAAACUGGUGGCCUGGUUCUUCUCUUGGUUUCGGGACCUGUUGGUAGACCCUGGGAACACCAGCACUCUGGAGAGAGAACAUUCAAUUUGCUGAUACAACAGAAGUAGACUCCUUAGCAAAAGUGACCCACAAGGUCAUGCUGCCUCCACUUUUAACAGGGCACCCAGGGCUCUUGGGAUCAAACUGUCUACCCCAGCCAUUCCUGGGAUUGCAAUCCCCAUUUCUGAUGCCAGUCAAAUUUUCUCUACCAAAAUCCUCAUAAAUGGAUCCAUGAUGACAACUAAGAGAAAAAAAAAAAGUAUUUUUGUUAGGACAAACCAUCAUAGAUUUUUAGCAAUGUGUAUCUGUGUGUCCUUUACACCUUUUCCUAUUCUGACAUUUUUUUCCUUUUUUUUAAAAAAAAUAUUGUGUACUAUAUUUUUAGCCUCAAACACACUAUAUAUUAUAUAUUUAAUUUUAUAUAUAUAAAUAUAAAUGUUUUAAAAAGUA